AUGCCGAUCAAAAAUAAACAGGUCCGAAAACUGCAAAACAUCAAGCGCAAACGCGCCGAAAAUGCAUCCAGACACGAAUUGCGCCAUGAGCGGAGGAAACAGGAAGUCAGAGACCCAAGUCUGAAACGAGAGCGUCUUGCUCGCUCUGUGCCGCUUACGCUGGAUAGAAAACGAACGUGGGACGACGUAGGCAGCGAUGAUGAGAAUCUGCUCGGUAUGAGUGUUGAUGUCGAGCGACUCAAAAGACAGCGCCAGGAAGAAGAGGCCGCCGAGGCCGAUGCUGGAAAAGAAGAUGGCUCGGACGACCAAGAAAAUGGCGAAAAUAAUGACGACGAAGACGACGACGUGGACAGCAUGAUCAUGACCGACUCAGACAACGAUUCAGACAACGACGACGAAGAGAGCACAAAGCCCGAGAAAAGAAGAAAAAAGUCAAUUCCAACAGCCACAGAGCGCGCCACUUCUCCUACGCAGUCUACCAAAUCCACCAACCUCAGCCUGGCGCCCGAGGUCCUGGCAGCCAAAUUCCCGUCGUUGUUCGCCAACGAAGUGACAAACCCCAAGAUAUUGAUCACGACCGCGCCCAAUUCCACAUUGCACCACGAAGGCAAACUGCUCACGUCGCUUUUCCCCAACAGCGUGUACAUCCGCAGAACGAGACAUCGACACGCACAUGUAUUUUCUGUCAAGGAGAUUUGCAAGUUUGCGUCAAAUCGAAACUACACUGCCGUCGUCAUUGUGAACGAGGACCAAAAGAAAAUUUCCGGGUUGGAUAUCGUUCAUCUCCCCAUUGGGCCAAUGUUUCAUUUCUCAAUUUCAAACUGGAUCGAGGGCAAGAAACUGCCUGGGCAUGGUUCGGCCUCGGAGGCUUACCCGGAGCUGAUUCUCAACAACUUCCGAAGCCCGCUAGGUAUCUUGACAGCACACCUAUUCAAAAGCCUGUGGCCCACACAGCCCGAGCUGGUUGGCCGACAAGUCGUCACCAUCCACAACCAGCGAGACUAUUGCUUCGUCCGACGACACCGGUAUAUUUUCCGGGAAAAGCGGGAGACAGAAAAGCCCGUAGUCGGAGCCGACGGCAACGAAAUCAAGGGCGCUGAGGGGAUCAAAACGGGUCUUCAGGAACUGGGACCUCGCAUGACUUUGAAGCUUCGACGUGUUGACAAGGGGAUUCAGCGCUCUAGUGGCCAGGAAUGGGAAUGGAAGGGGCAGAUGGAGAAGACGAGAACCAAGUUUCAGCUGUGA